GCAGGGGGCGUACCCAAUCCGUUUCCCACAGAAAACCCCAGUAUAAGUAGAGCAUGGGAGGGAAAUCACAAACACACGUUCUACUCACAUACGUGCAGAGGGGUAUUCGCCAUGGAAAACCCACACGCUCUGGUCAUACCGUUCCCAGCGCAAGGCCAUGUCAUACCCUUCAUGGAGCUCUCUCAUUGCUUGAUCGACCGUGGGUUCAGGAUCACGUUCGUGAACACCGAGUUCAAUCAUGCCCGCGUUGUGGCUGCGCUACCCAAGACGGGUGGUGUGAACGGGCAGAUCCGUCUGGUCACGAUCCCAGAUGGGAUAGCACCAAGUGAAGAACGGAAUGAUGUGGGCAAGCUAUGUGACAGUAUUUUACAUUUCAUGCCCUGUGGUUUAGAAGCGCUGAUUCGUAAGAUGAAUGAGUCCGAUCACGAUACGAUCACAUGCAUCAUUGCGGACUGGGGCAUGGGAUGGGCUUUGGAAGUUGCUGCGAAGAUGGGAAUCCGAGGAGCUGCAGUUUCGACCCUACCAAUGGGCCUCUGUGCCUUAAUGUGUCACGUUCCUAAGCUGAUAGAGGACGGAAUCAUUGAUGCCGAUGGAUUGCCAACGAAACAACAAAUGAUAAAGCUCUCCCUGACCAUGCCGGCGUUAAACACUACUCACCUAUUGUGGCUCUGCGUUGGUGACAGAGUAUCGCAAAAGUCCAUCUUCCGGUACUACGACAGAUGCACCCGAGCUACUAAAUUUGCCGACUGGCUUCUUUGCAACUCAUUUUAUGAGAUCGAACCAUCUGCCUAUGACUUGGUUCCAAAAGUUUUGCCUAUCGGCCCUCUUAUGGCAGGAAAACGGCAUGGGCUACUUGAAGGGAACUUCUGGCCAGAAAACUCCACUUGCUUUAGUUGGUUAGAUGAACAGCCUGCCCGCUCAGUCAUCUAUAUUGCCUUUGGCAGCAUUACUAUUUUUGACCGAUGUCAAUUCCAAGAACUGGCACUUGGGCUAGAAAUUUCCAACCGUUCAUUCCUAUGGGUAGUGCGGCCAGACCUCACCAAUGGAUCAUCGAAUGCCUACCCAGAUGGCUUUGCAACUAGAGUGGCCAAUCGUGGGCGAAUUAUAGGAUGGUCACCUCAACAAAAGGUGCUGGCCCAUCCUUCUAUCGCGUGCUUCUUGACCCAUUGCGGGUGGAACUCAACCAUGGAAGGGUUGAGCAAUGGUGUUCCUUUCCUAUGUUGGCCUUACUUUGGUGACCAGUUCCAAAACCAAACAUACAUUUCCGAUGUUUGGAAGGUCGGGUUGGAAAUGAAACCCAAUUCCAGUGGGAUCAUAUCAAGAGAAGAGAUUAAGGGAAAGCUCGACGAAUUGCUUGGUGAUGAGGGUAUAAGAGCGAGAUGUUUAGAGCUCAAGCGAAUUGCCCAAAAGAAUGUUGCUGAAGGAGGAUCUUCAUAUAAGAAUUUCAACCACUUUAUUGAAUCAAUCAAAUUAGGGAAGUGUUAGAGCGAUUACCAUGAAUGGUAGCGUGAACAGGCUAUCACAAUAAAACCAAGUUUGUUAACUCAUCAUCGGUUCUACACAUGUACGAGAAUAAUGAAAUAGAUGAACAACAGCCUAUACUCAACGCACAUGUGUGGCCCACCUGAUGUUUGAGUCUUUUUUAUUUUUUAUCCAUGCCAUGUUUAAAGAGUUUCGAUCUAUUGGAUUCAACGUUGAUGGUGAACAUGGACCAUUUAUAAUAUUUCAUGAACCAUCCAUCUUAUUCA